AUGAGCUAUCAGUCAGGACGCCACAAUCGCCGAGGAGGAAAUAGAUCGGGUCAUCGAUCUCACGAUCCAAGCAUUGGAUCUCGUCUACCGCAACAGAUUCGUGAGGAACUCGAGGAAAAAGAGCAAGACGAUCGUCGUUUCCAGAAAAGGUUUGUCAACCGAGCAGCCAACCGCAAAGAGCUUCGAAAGCAAAAGCGACAAGAGAAAGGAAAGCGAAAGGCUAUACAGCAUGUGGAACAGCUCACCAAACGCCAAAAGACAUCCAAUAAUACCCUGAGCAACAAGAAGAAAUCCUCGCCAUCCAACAAUGAUGCACCACCACAGCCUCCUGCUGAUUCAAAGAAAAAGAAGAAUGAGAAAUUGAAGCCUGUCGACAAUGAUGAAGCCCUUAAACGACUAUCAAAAUCCAAUCCCCAGCUUUAUUCACUCUUGCAAGAGGAAGAUUUGGUGAAUGGAGAAGCCACGUCCAAUACGAGAUUCGAAGAUGAUGAUCGUGAUAUUGCAUAUUGGGAAAAGAAGCUUGGCAUGGAUAAGAAGAAGACGAAAGGUUAUGGCAAAGCCUUUGAAGAAGAUGGUCUUUUGGAUCUAUUGGAUGGCCUCGCUGCAGAUGGAAGUGAUGAAGACGAGAGCAACGAAUCCUAUCUCCGUAGAAAGCGACAAAAAGCAACAAGCGAAAAGGAUGCAAAAAAGAAUGUGGAUUCCUUAUUCGACGGCUUAGAAGAUGAUGGAUCUGAGGAGGAGAUGGAUGUGGAUCAAGUAAAUGAGGAGGAGGAGGAGGAUGACGACGACGACGAUGAAUCGAUCAGUGCAAGUGAAGAUGAUGACGAAGAACUCGGCGAGACAAGUGAGGAAGAAGAUGAAAAUGACGAUGAUGAGGAUGAGAGCAUGGAGGAUGAAGAAUCGGAAGACGACGCAACCAAUGAUCAUGAAUCCACCCCUGAAAAGAAUGUCGAGCAUGCGACAACCAAGGCCGAAGACAAUGUAGACAAGCAACCACAACCACCCACCACCAACAAGUAUGUGCCACCCCAUCUUCGAAAGGCACCCACCACCAAGAGUGAACAACAAAUCAAAUUGCAACGAGUGCUUCAGGGUCAGUUGAACAGAUUGAACGAAAGCAAUAUCGAUGGUAUUCUGCUGGAGAUUGAGAAAUGUUAUGGCACUUACGCACGUCAUGAUGUCACAUCCACUAUCACCAACAUCAUCAUCUACUCCAUUGCCCAGAGAGGCAACUUGCUUGAUUCCUUUGUCAUACCAUAUGCUGCCCUUAUUGGUGCCUUAUACCGAUUGAUUGGUGUCGAUUUUGCUGCUUAUUUUGUCCAGACUCUUGUUGAAACCUUUGAGAAGGAUUAUGAAAACUGCAAAGAUUCGAUUGCGAGAGGAGAGGAUUUGACGGAAGAGGGAGCAGUCGGUGCCAAGGAGACCAAGAAUUUGCUCACACUUGCUAUUGAGCUUUACAACUUCCAAGUGAUUGCGUGCGUUCUGGUGUAUGAUAUCAUUCGUGUAUUGAUCACGGGGUUGAAUGAAUAUGAUGUGGAGCUGUUGAUGAAAAUUGUGACAUCUGCUGGUUCACAGCUUCGAGCAGACGAUCCUACUGCUUUGAAGGAUAUCAUUGAUGAGAUUCAAAAAGAGACAUCCAAAAGAGACGCAAAGACCAUCACCAUGCGUCACAAAUUCAUGCUUGAAACGCUUUCCAAUAUCAAGAACAACAAGAUUCGUAAUGGACCAACAUCGUCGGGUGCAGCGGAUAAGGAGCUUGUAUUGAAACUCAAAAAGUUCUUGAAUGGUUUAUCAAAGAAGAGAGCUACCCGAAGCACUGAAGCAUUGCGUGUCAGCCUUGAUGAUAUCCACAACAUUGAUACCAAAGGCAAAUGGUGGUUGGUUGGUGCAUCUUGGAAGGAUAACAUGGUUGGCAGCGAAAGCAAGAAUCAGAGGAAGCAAGUCAAAAUGGCGAGCGAUUUACGGAAGGAUCAAUCUUUACAUGACGCAUUACUCAAAUUGGCAAGAAAGCAAGGCAUGAACACCGAUGUUCGAAGAAGCAUUUUUGUCACUAUUAUGAGCGCCGAGGAUUACUUGGAUGCUUUUGAAAAGCUUAUGAAACUUGGUUUGUCCGAAGUCCAGCAACGAGAAAUUGCGCGUGUGUUGCUCCAAUGUACAGGCAAUGAGAAAACAUUCAAUCCGUUCUAUAUGCAUGUGGGAAAACGAUUCUGUGGUUACAGUCAUUCUUUCAAGGUCACUUUCCAAUAUUGUCUAUGGGAUUUCCUUAGGGAAUGUGGUGAGCGUGAAGUUGGUGGUCUGGAGCGAGCCAUGACAGAGUCCUUAGACACUGGUGGUUCAAGCAAGGUUCGAGUGGGACGUAUCUUGAAUGUGGCCAAAUUCUAUGCCAGCCUUGUGGCAACGGAUGCAUUGUCCUUGAGCAUAUUAAGGAGUAUCAAUUUCAUGACGCUUGGUGACAAUGGACGACUAUGGCUGGAAUUAUUCUUUGUACAUCUCUUUUUACAACUCAAGGAUGGUGGUGCAACAGCUGUGGGUGGCGUGUUUGCCAAAAUCUCAGAGAUGCGAACGUUGGCUCAAGGCUGCAUGUUCUUUUUACAAGAAACGGUUAUCCGAGCACCAAAUUCUGGAUUGAAUGAUACAGAGAUGGAUAUUGUACGCUCUAGUUGUAAAAUAGCAAAGACUGUAUUGAGUGGCAAAUGA